GAGGUCUCAGCAGAGCUCUCUCUCUCUCUCUCUCUCGUGGUACAGUUGAUGAAUGCGAAUGCGAAUGAAAGAAUGGUAGCGACAUCCGACGAGUGAGAGAGCGGCGCAGUGCAAGUAGCAGCUUGCAGUAGAGAGUGGCGAUGGACUGGAAUGGAGUGCAGACAAGACGACAGCCCGGCCGCCUAGUGCUGCUGCUGGUGCUGCCAUUGCUGUUGUGAGCACUGCUGCUGCUGCUGCUGCUGCUGCUCGUGCGGACGAGCCAAAGGAGGAAGGAGGAAGGAGACGAGCAUCAACACGAACGAGACCCAAACCCUGAGCAAGAGAAUGCAGCAGCAGCAGGUGCAGCUGCUACCUCUGCUGAAGGCGGCGUGGUUGCUGGCGUGGGCGCUGAGGCCCGCAGUGGCGUCCAACGAGGAAGGUGAUGCUCUGUACCUGGUGCGAUCGAGUCUGGUCGAUCCCAAUGACACCCUCCGAAGCUGGGAUCCGAAGAUGGUCAAUCCAUGCAGUUGGCCAUACGUCGACUGCGAGGGAGACAGCGUCGUCAGAGUGGAUUUGGGGAUGCAGGGGUUGUCUGGAACCUUAGCUCCCAGUAUAGGACUCCUGAAGAAUUUGCAGUAUUUGAAAAUGCAGAACAAUCAUAUCACGGGUCCGCUUCCCGACAGUCUUGGCGAUUUGACAAACCUGCAAAGCCUUGACCUAUAUCAGAACAAUUUUACAGGGGAGAUACCCAGCAGCCUUGGUGCUCUUGUUCAACUGAAGUUUUUGCGGCUUUUCAACAACAGUCUCUCCGGUGAAAUUCCUGCUUCGCUUGCAAAUCUUUCCAACUUGCAGGUCUUGGAUGUUGGUUUCAAUAACUUAUCUGGACGAGUACCCGUUGAUGUAAAAGUUGAGCAGUUCAGGGGAGAUGGCAACCCUUUUUUGUGUGGUGCCAUCACUGGCAAUCCUUGCCCCGGGGAUCCUCUAAUCUCACCUCAGUCGUCAGCAAUAUCAGAAGGCCACUCGGAUUCAGAAUCGAACAAGAAACUUCUUGGUGGCUUGGUUACCUGUGUAGUUGUGGUGGCAGCUGUUACACUCUAUUUCCUAUACCAUAAGCACAAGCGCUUGAAUCGAAAAGAGAACUUCUUUGACGUUGCGGCCGAGGAUGACCCCGAAGUGCCUCUAGGACAGCUGAAGAAGUUUUCGUUUCGAGAACUCCAGAUUGCCACGGAUAAUUUCAGCAGCAAAAAUAUCCUCGGCCAAGGUGGGUUCGGCAAGGUGUACAAGGGCUAUCUGAGUGACGGAACGACGGUUGCUGUCAAGAGACUGAAAGAGGACCACUCGCCUGAGGGUGAACACGCCUUCCAAACAGAGGUAGAAAUGAUCAGCAACGCAGUCCAUCGGAAUCUUCUGCGCCUGCAAGGCUUUUGCACUACUCCUUCCGAGCGGAUCCUGGUCUAUCCUUACAUGCCCAACGGGAGUGUGGCAUCUCACUUGAGAGCUUCGAAUCCUCGAGAUCACUACAAUGGGGACCCAGGACUUGGAUGGCCUACUCGGAAGCGUAUAGCCUUGGGGGCUGCUCGGGGACUGUCCUAUCUGCAUGACCAUUGUGACCCGAAGAUCAUCCAUCGUGAUGUGAAAGCGGCCAAUGUGCUGCUCGAUGAGGAGUAUGAGGCAGUGGUUGGGGACUUCGGAUUGGCUAAACUUAUCGAUUAUAAGGACACCCAUGUGACGACAGCGGUUCGAGGUACAGCAGGCCACAUCGCACCAGAGUAUCUGUCAACUGGAAAAUCUUCUGAAAAGACGGAUGUCUACGGCUAUGGAAUCAUGUUGCUAGAGCUCAUCACCGGGCAGCGAGCCUACGAUUUCCAGCGGCUUGCAAAUGAUGACGAUCUCAUGCUGCUCGACUGGGUCAAGAGAUUACAGCAUGAAAAGAAAUUAGAGCAGCUGGUGGACGGGGAGUUGAAGCGAAGUUACAACGCGCGCGAGGUGGAAGAGCUGAUCCAAGUGGCACUCUUAUGCACUCAAGCGUCUCCUUCUGAUCGGCCGAAGAUGACCGAAGUGGUGCGCAUGCUGGAAGGGGAUGGGCUGGCCGAACGAUGGGAGCAGUGGGAGAAGCUGGAGCUCGUGAGACAAAGGGAAUUAGACUUAGGUCCUCAUCGCUACUUCGAAUGGGUCGAAGACUCCACCGUCAAUAUGGAAGCCGUCGAGCUGUCAGCUGGACGCUGAUCUGACAUAACAUGUUCUUCAAACAUACAAUUUCUUCGAAAUCGUUCCUUUUAGGAGAGGCCAUUGUAAUUUAUUCGGUAUAUUUGUCCAUCAUUUUGGAUUUGUACAAAAUUUCCAAUACUCGCCCUUCUUCGC